AUGUCCCCUGUGGUAGGCCGUAUCUGCAGGACAGAGGACAAUGUGACAGGCUUCCUGUGUGAUGACAGAGUGACCUGCAUCCCGCCCUCUGACCUCUGUAACGGGGUCGUGACCUGCCCCAAAGGAGCCGAUGAGGACACACACAUGUGCAGUGAUCUCCCCAACAACCUUCCGGGGGGUCUUGUGUUUCGAUGUGGAAACCCUCAGUUCUGGGUCUUUACUGACAAGAAGUGUAACAACUUCAACGACUGUGGGGACUGCUCUGAUGAGAUUGGACCCUAUGCUGGCUGUGCCCCCUGUGGUGUGGACUGGUGGUCCUGCAUACCGGUGGACUUCCAGUACUGUUCCUGUAUCCCUCGCGGUCUAUGCCGUGACGGACGCCAGCACUGCUACGACUGGUCUGACGAGUACACCUGCCCCCAAAAGUUUAACCUGCUAGACUGACUGCCACAUCCAUCCCCCUCCCCUAAUCUCUGAACCAAAUUCGAAGGCGUGUACUCUGGCCAUGUGAACA